UACGAGUUGACUGUACCAGACCUCUCUUUUUAGAGAAAAAGAAAAACGCCAUCAAAACCGAUGAUCGUGCGGUAAACCAAUCGCGUGCGGAUACGGGUGUUGACGGGGAAGGGGUGCCGAACGAGGAGCCAAAAAGGGAGAAAGAAGGACGGCGCUUCCUCAAAACGAUUUUUGGAUCAACUCCCGUACCGCAAUCGUUGGCCCACCCUGGACCAAUCGCAGCAGCAACAAGCAACAGAAACAACAACAGCAAGAWAUAGCAGCGAAACAAUGCUUUCUCGCAUAGCAGAAUCCGCACUAGCUAUUGCCAGAGCCCGAGUCGGUGCAGCCACCGUUGGAGCUCGCACCGGCCGAUCGGCGUUUUCGUCCCAGGUCAGCAGGAGCUACGCCGCCGCACCGGUGAGCCCCCUCAAUGCCUUUGCGCAAACAUGGUACAAUCUGUACGUACAGCUAACAAUUGUAAAUGAUUUAGCGAGUGCAAGUGUCAAUCGAUAGUUCGAGGUUYCAUCGGAAUCCAGAACAGGAAAGCACGAGAUGCAAUUCAAUACAAUUCCACUCUACCUUCCGUUGUCAGUCACUAUCAUUAUUUUCCAAUUSAAAACCUUACCAAUCUAUUUUGUUCUUUGCCAAAAUUUGAAAUUUGUUGCCUUGCGUUCGUUGCAACUUCCCGCAUACAUAUUUACCGAUGGCUGCAAUACGCUGUGGCGUUGAACACCUUUAAUGUGCAUAAAACAAAACUUUUUCCAAUAAUCCAAAAACUGGAACGGCUCACUUGCAACAAUCGCAACGUGUGCAGCUUUGGCUCGAGCACCGCCCGAUAUGCAACCUUUCUAGCUGUAGGCGUCAUUSUGGCCGAGAUGGGAACAAAUUCGUUGACCGAUUACCUGUGGGAAGCAAAUAACAAGGGGAAAACCUACAAGCAGGUUGACUGGAGCAAAUUUGAUCCUGAAGAUGAGGAUGAGGAGGACGACGAUGAUGAUGACGACGACGACGACGAUGAUGAYGACGACGACGACGAAUAGGCACUCAUUUUCGGUUCGAAGAGAGAAGGAAGAAAAUUGGACAAUUUGCCAGUCAUUCUCAAAAAUAGAGUUUUCAGUGUGGCCUCUACGUAUAUAGUGCAAUAAUCAUACCUCAAAGAUUAGAUAGAUAGGUAAAGGAUUUGGUAGAAGGUAGUGAGGGUUCAUUCGAUUGUUGACUGAAGCAAAAGACCUAGUCACAUAUUGCAGCAGCAACUACUAUGUAUGAAAUCUCAAAGAUAUUCUGUUUCUAAUAGUAGUAUUAAGAACAYGAACACAGUGUCCUUUCCCCUCGUUGGGUGGAGAUUGAAGUGGUCCAUACUAGUUUUUGUUGAGCAUUCUUUGUUAUUGGUUGUAUGGAAAAAUGGGUCCAUGCUACCUGUAGUAAGAACUUAACAAGAACGCUUCUCUGGCAUUUACCCGCCCCUACUACUCMAAGGAAGGAAGCAAUAACAAGAACAAUAAAAUUCGUCCUAGUAGUAGUUGUACUACUGAAUAGCACUGAAGCAUGUGACCAGUACUACUGUAUACUGUCUUUCUUCUUGAUAGUUUUCUUCUUAUCAUCAUUCCGCUGUCAAGAAGAGGAAAGAGGGGGACAGCAAUGACACCCACCAGGCAGCACCUCCUCGUCCCCCACAACAUCACGACACCAGCUCUUGCUCUUGCUCUUGCUCUUGCUUGUUGUUGUUGUUGUUGUUGUUGUUGUUGUUGUUGUUGUUGUUGUUGUUGUUGUUGUUGUUGUUGUUGUUUGUUCUUUGUGUUGUUGCCCAAAAAGAAGAAGAAGAAGAGCUAGUACUAGAAGAGGUAGUACUACUACUACUACUAGAGCAGGUGUGCGCUUACUAGUAGUAUUACUACUACUAGAAGUAAUAGUAGGUAAGACGAAGAGUUAUCAUGAUCAUUGAUCUACUGCUGGCUACUAGGUAGAUAGUAGGUAAUACUACGGUAGUUCCUUUAAGUACCAGGUACGUAUUGAAAGGAUUUUGUUCAUUCUUAACAGUAUUUUCAAAGUCGAGGACCAUUAACCCAUUUCCUUGUUUUACAAAUGACAUAAACUCAUCUCCUUGCAUAUUUCUGUUUUUAGUGAAUUGUAAACUCAUUUCCUUGCAUUUUGCAAUUUUGUAAACUCAUUUCCUUGCAUUCUCUAAGUAAUCAAAAUUCUGCCGUUAAACAACAGGAAAACCAAUGCUACCACCACAACGCAGUACACCACAAAACAGUCAUAAAUUCAACAAAGCAAGAACCAAAAGACCAAGAAGAACCACCAUGGUUGGAGGACGCUGGUGAUGCUACAGCAGAACACUGGUGAUGCAAAAGAAUGCUGGGAAUGCUGACAAGGUGCAGAGGUUGCUGAUACGGAACGCUGAUACGGAACGCUGAUAUGGAACGCUGAUACCAAGUGUUGCUGACGAUAUGGAGGACUGAUACAGAGAAUGCCAAUACAAGUCGCUGAUACGGAGGAGGAUGCUGACACACAUGCUGUUACGAGUCACUGUUACAAGUUGCUGUUACGAAGGAUGCUCUGUUACAAGUCGCUGUUACGAAGGAUGCUGAUACUGAGGAUGCUGUUACUAUGAGCUGCUGAUACCUGAUACAAGCCGCUGAUACGGAGGAUACCAAUAGGGAGGCUUGCUGCUGAUAUGGAGGAUGCUGAUACUUGCCGCUGAUACGGAGGACGCUCCUGUUAGUACAAGCCACUGAUACGAGCUGCUGAUACGGAGGAUGAUGCUGAUACGGAGGAUGCUGUUAUGAGCCGCUGAUACAGAGGAUGCUGAUACGGAGGAUGCUCACUGAUACGGAGGACACUUGCUGAUAUGGAGGACACUUGCUGAUAUGGAGGCUUGCUGAUAUGGAGAGACAACGAGUCACUGAUACGGAGGAUGCUGAUACGGAGGAUGCUGAUACGGAGGAUGCUGAUACGGAGGAUGCUGAUACGAGUUGCUGAUACUAUUAGAUACGAUACAAUAUGAUACAGAGGGGAUAUAAAACGCUAGUACCAAUACUAUCUCUCCUAUUUUCAUGCUUUUAUUAUUAUUUCUAUUGCAAGGACGAGCACCAUGGUCAUUGGCGCUUGUCUUGUAUUUCAACACUGUAUUGUUGUAGUACAGUACAUAGUAUGGUAGUUUCCUGUUGUUUAAUCAUGUCGAACUGCUAAGUGAUGCAUUGGUUUUUCCUGUUGUUUAGAGGCAGAAUUUUGAUUACUUAGAGAAUGCAAGGAAAUGAGUUUACAAAAUUGCAAAAUGCAAGGAAAUGAGUUUACAAUUCACUAAAAACGGAAAUAUGCAAGGAAAUGAGUUUACKUCAUUUGUAAAACAAGGAAAUGGGUUAAAAGUCCUCGAAGUCGAAAUUCAAACUUCGAAGUUUCUAAUUCUUUUUCCUGUCCCGUCCCGUACUGUACGGUACUCGUACUUCAAGAAGGCAAACUACAAAAACAAGUACGUGCUGUAUUGUAAAAUACUGUACCAGACGUCGAAGUCUCUAAAUUAUUAUGACCCCUGGCGUCCAGUCUGUUUAACCAGGAUUCGGGUGUUUCAUAAUGUCGUACUUUUACUUCUACUACAGAGAACGCAGGCACUAUGAGCCCUUCCGGUGAAUACUGGGGUACGAGUACCCAACAGAGACUCAUGUGUUCUGUGAAUCGUCUUCAGUAUCUCAACCACUUCUUUUUCUGUGUACAGCGCCUAUUCGACCAGCAUAGCUCCCRCAAAUAGUCCAAGGCAUUUAGAAAUGGCAGCCUCACCCAACGCAGCAAGGAAUCACAAAGAAACUUUAUUAUCUUGCUGUAUCAAAGCAUGAUGCAACAAAAGCAACGGCGACGUCGACGAAACGAGGAAAAUGCUAUGAAUGCCAGGAGCUAUGAUGCUUGCGACGAAAGCAAAUGUGUCUCGAGAGGUUUGAGUCAUCUUUACAAUUAUUCCUUUACUUGCUAUGGGGAUAAUAAGGACUUCCACAUGAUGUGUGYAGAUGGAUACCUACCACAAGUUGUGGAUGACGAAGACCUAGUUUUGACUGAGGGACUGAACGACGGAGCUCCUUUAUUGCUCAAUGUAUUCGGUAUUUGGGGUGCARKUGGAAGUGAUGAUUCGAACUUCCAGUAUUUCACGUGUUGUCCACCAGAUGAUCUUUCAGCUGAAACAAAAAAUGUUACCAGACAUUGUUCAGAUCCAAUUUUAGGUGAGACGGAGGGCGAUUCUAAUGCCACCUUCACUUGCGACGAGUACGAUAUCCAGYCGUAUCCCCGUAUGAUGAAASAGCCUAGAUUGUACGUGCAUCCCGAUGAUUGUUUUACGAACAAAU